UUAUCUGAAUUCUGAAGAACUACGGUGGCUUGAAAACCAAGAGUCCAAGAGAGUAGCAGUUGCAGUUACCUACCGUCUCUGAAAAAUCCAACGAUGGCGGUGGCUACGUCAUACUUAGUAAAACCUUUUUGUACUCCAAAAAUCCCGUUUCCGUCGAAUUCAAGACUCAGCAGCAUUCGAAUUGGAUCUCGAAAGCCUCAGCCUCAACCUCAACCUCAAACCAAAGCGAAAGCGUGUGUGUUCCACUUCCUGAACUUUGUAGAACCCGUGUCAUCACUGCCACUGCAGCUCCAGCUCCAUGAACCCCCCAAUGCUCUUUCUUUGCCGACGUGGGCCGUUCACGUUUCCAGUGUCGUUGAAUGGAUUAUAGCCAUGGCUUUGGUGUGGCAAUACGGGCAGAAAUCAGGAUUUCAAGCUUGGAAGGGGCUUUCUUGGGGUAUGGUACCUCUACUUGGUGGAGCAUUUUGUGCAUGCACAUGGCAUUUCUUUUAUAACUCCGACUCCCUGGAGGUAUUGGUGGCUCUUCAAGCGGCACUGACUGUUAUAGGUAAUGCCACAAUGUGCAUUGCUGCAUACCGGAUCUACAAAUCAUCUCGUGAAGGCUCCAAGAAUUUUUGAAUCGUUUGCAUGUUGGUAUCUCUCUCUGGAAGCAGUAGAUAUGCCUGAAUGAAGGUCCUAGUCUUCUUCUGAUUGAUAAACUAUCAUUCAUGGGAAUCUUAUGCGAAGAGCCUGCUGGUUUACCAAAAUAUUGAGUGACAAAGAAGGAAUCCGUAAGAUAUACCUUUCCUCCUUAAUCCUGCUUAUUUCAGUCUCAAUUGUUUCCAAUUGUCUUCUAUUAACAGGAUAAACAUGCUAGGAGAUGCUUAUUCUUUCUGAAAGUGGCUUUAUCUGAGAUUGAGGUCAAUUCAAAUUAGAAUAACUUCUUAAGCCGUUUUAAGAGCUUGUGUACGAUGAACGACCUCCAUUGUCUAGCGUGCUUGUACAUCAAUUGUAUGCAUCUGAACUAUUUCUAACUGUUCAGUAUAGGGUAAAGAGUGUGCUAUUUACUAUGUAAAUAAUUUAAUAAUAGUAAGCGGUUACGAUGCAACA